AUUACCGAGUGUACUAUACUCAACUGAAAUCUUAACCGUUAUUCCCGUUAGAACCGUCCUCCGCCGCUAUGACUACAGCCGUCACGGCCGCCGAGAUUCUCCGUCACACCACCGCCUUCCUCUCCGACGUCAUUUCCAACCGCGAUCUCCGCCACCGCCUAAUCUCCAUCCUCCACCAAGACACAACCACCGCCGCAAUCUCCGACGAAUCUGCCGCGAAACUCGCCGCGGAUACUCUUGAAACCGCGAUCACGCUCUCCAACUUCGCCUCCCGCUCCUGCUCCCUUUCCCUUGCUGAGAAGCUCCUCCUCCCUCUGUCCGACCACCCGCUUCCUUUCUUCCUCCUCUCACUUGUCCACACCCUCCACAACCGCCACCUCGAUGCCGCUGUUUCUCUCCUCCGUUUCUUCCGUUCUAACCCUUCCCUCGCCCGAUCGGAGAUCGCACCGGUCCUCUACGACCGUCUUUUCUCCCUACAGCUACUCUCCGUGUUCCGGUGGCUGCUGGAACGGAGAGCGCAGAUCCUCUCAUCAUCUUCGGUUUCGGAAGACGCUACUCACUCACUGUCGAAGGUGAGCGAGGAGCAGGCGUCGAAACUGAGGGAGCUGGAGAGAGAGUACGAGGAGAUUCUGGAUGAGAAUUGCAGGGCUGUUGCGGCGCGUUUCGAAGAGGUUUUGGCCAGUGAAAAUGCGUUCAUUAGUCCGCCAUUGCUGGCGAGGAAGAGCUCAGGGGAAGCCGGCGGGGCGGAGAACAAUGUGGAGGUGGAGGAGGUGGAGGAGGACGAGGAGGAGCAGUUAGUGAUGGAGGAAACAGAAAUGAUUGCGUUGAAGAGCGGACACUACGAUAAUCCAAUAUGGAGCGAAAGGGAAGAAGCCUCCAUUGAGUUUUUGAGCAGUGGUUCUUGCAGCAAUUCCUCCUACGCACCAUUUUAUCCACGAAGAGUCUCUCCCACAAUCCUCAAACCCCAAAACUCUUCACAAAACUUGGCAUCACUCGCUGAUGAAACCAAGUCUUCAUUGGUUGACAAGAGUUUGACUAGUUCCUCCUCAGAAUCAGAAGCAGAAAGAGAGAUCACUAGUACUUCAUGUUCGAAGAGGACCCCGAAUCUGGUUAGAACCGGAAACAAAUCCUUGAGUACUCCCAAAAUCCUUAAACCACAAAAAUCUGCAAAAUGUUUGAUACCACCACCCUAUUUAAUAAACUUAGCUGAUGAAGCAGAAUCUUCUUUGGAUAAGAAUUUACCUUGUUCAUACUCAGAAUCUGAAGCAGAAAGUGAGGAAAAGGACGAAAAGAUAGCACUACUGGAGCCUCAGAAAUUCCAAACCCCAAAACAAACAAAAAAUAUUUGUUCAGGAUCCAUGUGUUCUCCAGAUUAUAACAUGGAAGACGAACAUGUGCCUCCAGAGGACUUUGUCUGUCCAUUAACAAGUAACCUAUUUGAUGAUCCUGUGACCCUUGAGACAGGUCACACAUUUGAACGCCAUGCUAUUGAAGAAUGGCUUAAAAGGGGAAACUUAACUUGUCCCAUCACUCGCAAGAAGCUGCGAAAGACUCGCUUACCGAAAACAAAUCUCGUGCUCAAACAAAUAAUCUCAAGCUGGAAAGAACAAAAUCUCAAUUCAGUAGUCGAAAUGCCAUGUGACAGUCCACAUGUAGAUACUGAGCUGAAAGUGGAGUGUUCAACUUCUCCUAACAGUGUCAUAUCAGAGGCGACGCUUGAUGGAAUGAUGAGCGAGUUGCGCAAUGCAAUCAACAAACUGUAUAUGUCAGAGGUGCUUGAGGAAUCUGAAAUGGCUGUGCUUCAAAUUGAGAAGAUUUGGAGAGAAUUGAACCUAAUAGUUGUUGAUAUCCAUAGUAUGCUAUCAAAACCUCCUAUCAUCAAUGGAUUCAUGGGGGUGCUUCUUAAGUCUUUUGAUCCAAAGGUGCUGCAAACAGCAGUUUUCUUGUUAACUGAGAUGGGUUGCGUAGACAGUAAUGUUAUUCAGACGCUUAGCCAUGUUGACACUGAUGUAGAAUGGAUCAAGACUCUUUUCAAGAAAGGUGUAAAAGAGGCUGUGGUGUUAAUGUAUCUCCUAAAACCUUCCACUAUCAUUCUUUCAGAUAUGGCAACAGUGGAGGCUCUCAUUGCAGUUGUAAAUAUGAAAGAGGAAGAAUUUCUAGAGAUGUGUUUGAGUCCCAAAACGGCUGCAGUGCUUUUACUUGCGCAGGUUGUUGGAAGCAGUGAAGAGAGCAUUGCAUCUUCAGUUGCACAGGCUGUGUUAUCCGAAAGAGAAAUUGAAGCUAUAGUUGGCAGUUUGGGAGCAGAAUGGGCAGAGGAGAGGGUUGCUGCGGUUGAGAUCUUGUUAAAAUGCAUGCAAGAAGAUGGUACUUGCAGGAAUAUCAUUGCUGAUAAGGCACAAUUAUCUACCUUUUUGGAAAGCCUUGUAGGUGCAACUGAGGGAGAACUUUUCAAGAUAGUUAAAUUUUUAUCUGAGUUGGUAAAACUGAAUAGGAGAACAGUCAAUGAACAAAUCCUUCACAUUAUAAAGGAAGAAGGUCCUUUAAGCACAAUGCACACUCUCCUCAUUUCUCUGCAGACAGCUCAUCAAUUCCAUUUUCCAGUAGUGGCUGGCCUCUUACUCCAACUUGAUCUUCUGGUGGAGCAAACAAAGAUGAGCAUAUACUCUGAGGAGGCAAUAGAUACUCUUAUCUCAUGCUUGAGAAAGACUGAUUACCCUGCUGUCCAAUUAGAAGCUGCCAAGAUAAUUGCGUCACUGCAAGGGAGAUUCAACUAUGCCGGAAAGUCUCUUAGCCGAGAAGUCCUUCUUGAACGUGCUGGUCUUGACAGAAGCUACAACAAUUUUCUACAGAUGGACCAAAUCAGCAACUUCAACGAAGGAAUUGAAGCAUCUAUGAAAGAAGAGAAUGCAGCUGAGGACUGGGAAAGAAAAGCUGCAUCAGUUCUAGUUAGCCAUGACUGUGGUUUACUUUUUGAGGCUUUAGCAGAUGGCUUGAAGAGCCAAAAUGAAGAACUACGCUCUGCAUGCUUUAUAUCAGCUACAUGGCUCAUAUAUAUGAUCACCAUUCUACCAGAUACUGGAAUACAAGGGGCAGCAAGAGUCUUCUUUCUCAAACACUUCAUAUUCAUAUUGAAAUCUGCCGAGGACACUGAAGACAGAAUCCUUGCCAUGCUUGCUCUUAAGAGCUUUCUUCAUUUUGAUGAUGGCUUACGUGAUCUUACUUCCUAUGCGAAGGAUAUCCUCAAAGCACUGAGAGAAUUAGAGGGGUUCUCUCCCAUGGCAUCAGAAAUUAUGAAGGUUUUGGUUGAAGAACCUGAAUCUAAAGCAGACAUCUGGAUUCAUAAAGAGGUAACUAAAAUAGAUUGCAGUGGGAAUGGAGAAGUUCUUUCUAUCAUUUGCUUUGAAGAUAAAAUCUUUUCAGGGCAUUCAGAUGGAACUAUUAAGGUGUGGAAAGUAAAGGAAAGCAUACUCGAUCUCUUGCAAGAGAUUAAAAGGCAUACGAAGGAUGUUACAAGCUUGGCAAUUUCAGAAUCUGGCGACAGAUUAUACAGCGGUUCACUUGAUAAAACUGUAAAGGUCUGGUCCAUUGAAAUGGCUGCAAUACAUCAUGUACAAGAACAUGAUAUGAAGGACCACAUUCAUAAUUUAGUUGUGACCAAUAGUAUGUGUUGCUUCAGUCCUCAUGGAAGUGGCAUCAAGGUUAAGUCAUGGAAUGGAGAAUCUAAGUUGUUAAAUUCUAAUAAACAUGCAAAGUGCUUGGCGCUUGUUCAGGGGAAAUUAUACUGUGGAUGCCAUGAUAGCAGCAUUCAGGAGAUCGAUUUGGCCACAGGAAAACUCAUCAGCAUUCAAAGUGGUUCCAAAAAGUUACUUGGGAAAGCAAAUCCUAUUCAUGCACUGAAACUUCAUGGUGAAUUCAUAUACGCUACUAGCUCUUCCUUUGAUGGAUCUGUCAUAAAGAUAUGGAACACAACCAAUAAUAAUCGUAUACAUAUGGUUGGAUCAUUGCAAACUUCAUUGGAAGUGCGAGCUAUGGCAGUAAGCUCAGAACUAAUUUAUUUGGGGUGUAAGGGAGGAGCUGUGGAAAUUUGGGAUAGAAAGAAAUACAAUAGAAUUAACACAUUGCACACCGGAUCCAAUUAUAGGGUUGUUUGCAUGGCUUUGAAUAGCACUGAGGAUAUUUUGGUAAUUGGAACCUCGGACGGUCAAAUUCAGGCAUGGGGUGUCAAGUAAAGAAGCUAAGGCUCGAAGUUUUGUUAGAGAAGCCAACAUAAAUUUGAGUUAAUAUUUAAAGUGGUUCCUAAAUUUAUAGUUGAACUUUAAUGUUGUCUUUAAAUUUAAAAUUGUUUUAAAUUUAUUUCUGAAUUUAACAAUGGUCGUCCUUAAAAUAUUUUUUAAUGACAAAAUAAUGAUGUAGUUAGACGGAAACCACACUGAAAAUCACCCUGAAUCGGUAAAACGUCACUGUUUUAUUUUUGGCGCUCAAAUAGAACAUAAAUGACGUCGUUUGGGAUAUUUUGAGGGAUUUUAACAUGUUUAAGGGUAGAAAGCCCUCAAGAUACCCUAAACAAUAUUGUUUCUGUUCUAUUUAAAAACAAAAAAUGUAAUGACAACAUUUUAUCAGUU